CCCUUCCCCACAUCCCGCCUCGCCCUGCCCCCCCUCCCCGCUCCGCACGGCCCUCGCCUGCCUGGCCACGCCGGUAGCCGGGGCCUCACGGGCUGCACCGGCCCCAACCGCCCCCGGAGAGCAGAACGGCAGCGCCUGACAUUAGGCAGCCUCCUAGGCUAGCUCAUCCUUUAUGGAAAACGGGGAAAACGCGGCGGGUUUGCCCUUGUGGCAUUUUGCGGGCGCUGGGAACAAAGCCGUGCCGUGCCGUGCCGAGCCGUGCCCGUGCCGGCCCCGCGCCGGGGCUCCCCGAGCGCAGCGGCAGCGCCUGCCGCCCGAAGGCACUGCCCGGGCACCUCCUCAUCCUCUCCUCUCCUGUUUGUUUUCCUUGCUAGCCAGCUGGCGGAGCAUCACCGAGUCACAGCAGGAAUCGGUCAGGACGGUGUUUGGCUGACCCCAGGGAUCGCUGGUGCAUCAGGCACAGCUGGUGGCGUACAAAUGCUGCGACCUUAAGCUGUUUUUCCCCCCCCCCACCAUCUGUGUCCCAGCACAGGAGGGAGCCAUGGUGUGCAUUCCCUGCAUCGUGAUCCCUGUUCUGCUCUGGGUCUACAAGAAGUUUGUGGAGCCCUACAUCUACCCCAUGAUCGCCCCCUUCAUCAAGCGCUUCUGGCCCAAGAGGGCUGUGCAGGAGCCACCAGGCACCAAGCAGGGGCCAGGAGGCAGCACUGGGGACCCUCGGGGACCUGCCAAAGGAGGCCAGGAGGAUGGAUCUGGAAGCCUUAAAUUGGAAAGCAAUGGCAUUGCAAAUGGAAGUGUUGCAGAGAGAUCCACUGCAGUAUAUGACAAGAAAACGGCUUGAAAGAGUUCAUUCCUAAGGAUUUUAUUGCCUCAUGUCCAGUAUGAACUGCUGAUAUUCCUCUCAAUUUGAGACUUUUUUCUUUGCACAUUUUAGCUGAAUAAAAAACUCAAUUGCUUGCAGGAGAGAGUCUUUUUUGCCACUAAAAUGGCAGAUGGCGCAUUUGUUUAUUUAAAAUAUUUGAAAGCUGAUGUUCUUGUAUUUUUCUCGCUGAAACUACUUUUCAUCUGCCUCUGUUUGGUGUGAUUACAGUUUAGGUUAAAUAACAUAAGAAUAAAUUGUCUAUGGAAGGUAAAUGUAUCUUAGCAUCUUGAUGUCACUGAGUGCUAGUGCAGUACUUGAGGCUUUCACCUUAAAGGCUUUAUCUGUUCUUGAUGAAGAACUGUUUACUGCAUUGUGACAAAAAAAAAAGCUCGUAAUUUAUCUAUGAAGAAUUUAGAUUUUUUUCAUGUCAAGUCUAUGGAUGAGCUAGAGGAGUUGUGCUACAUACAAAAUUUAUUUAGCUUACUAAAAGCAGAAAGUCUUGAUGUGAUACUUCCCUGAAUUAUUUUCCUUGAACUAUUAUGCCUUUUUUUUUCCCUGAGGCAUGAUGCAAGAGAAUGUUGCUUUAUGUUCUGUUCUAGUGAUUUAUAAUGGCAAAGUUCUGGCUUUUAAAAAAAAAACCCAACAUCCAACUAAAACCUCUUGCUUGUGGAAUUUUCAUUAUAAUAAACUGGGGUUUUACUUAAAAA